AUGUACUUAUAUAACGACAAUUUUUUAAUUUUACUUACUACCAAGGCACUUAUGCGUAAAAAAAAUGUUUAAUCAUUAUGUUGUUCGAUGGAAAUCGCCUUAAGUAAGACCCAUUUAAAAAGUAGUGAUUUAUCGACAGGAUUGGGCCUUAUAUAAAUACUGCUUCGGGAAUUGGAAUGUUUGAUCAAAAUGGAGGUACUGCCAAAUAGAUCGAUAUUGUUCCAUAAUGUCACUUAUUAUUGCUGAUUCUUCUAUUUGUCGCCUACUAAAUAGAGCAUGGAAUGGAUGGAUCAUGUCCGCUUCUUCUUCCAUCCUUUGGGGAAAAGGGCAGCUCUGAAAGGGAAACUGUAUAUUCAUCUCAGAAAGUGGGUGUAUAUAGACCAACUUCGGAUACAGUUGACUUAGGAUACCAUACUUUAGACAAUAAUGCAUGCCGUUCUACACCUUCAUCAACUGUUAUAUCAGUUCCCAUUAGACAUCAAACUUUGUUGCAACAAAAAUGCAUUUACAUUACCGAUCUUUGUCAGUUGAAUGAUACUUUAUUAUUGAAGAUAUUUAGUUGGCUAGGUACAAGAGAUCUCUGUGCUGUUGCUCAAACUUGCAGACGUCUUUGGGAAAUAGCAUGGCAUCCAUCCCUUUGGAAAGAAGUAGAAAUACGUUAUCCUCAAAAUGCAACAGCUGCAUUGAAUGCUUUAACUAGACGAGGAUGUCACACGCAUAUUCGUCGUCUUAUACUCGAAGGUGCUGUUGGAUUAGCUGGGAUUUUUGCCCAGUUACCAUUUUUAAGUUUAACUUCUUUAGUUUUACGACAUUCCCGACGUGUUACUGAUGCAAAUGUGACUAGUAUUUUAGAUAACUGCAUACAUUUGAAGGAACUGGACUUAACUGGAUGUAUUGGUGUAACAAGAGCUUGUAGUCGAAUAACGACGUUACAAUUACAAUCACUAGAUCUCAGUGAUUGUCACGGAGUGGAAGAUUCUGGUUUAGUCUUAACGCUUUCUCGUAUGCCACAUGUUGUUUGUUUAUAUUUACGACGAUGUACACGUAUAACUGAUGCCAGUCUCGUAGCAAUUGCUUCUUACUGUGGCAAUUUACGUCAAUUGUCUGUUUCUGAUUGUAUAAAAAUCACGGAUUUCGGAGUACGUGAAUUAGCGGCACGUCUUGGUCCAUCGUUGCGUUAUUUUUCAGUCGGAAAAUGUGAUCGUGUAUCGGAUGCCGGUCUUUUAGUUGUCGCUAAACACUGUUACAAAUUGAGAUAUUUAAAUGCUCGCGGCUGUGAAGCACUUAGCGACAGUGCUACUUUAGCUUUGGCACGUGGAUGCCCACGCUUAAGAGCUCUUGACAUAGGAAAAUGCGACAUUGGUGAUGCAACUUUGGAAGCCCUUUCCACUGGAUGUCCAAACUUGAAGAAAUUAUCCUUAUGUGGUUGUGAACGUGUCACAGAUGCUGGAUUAGAAGCAUUAGCAUAUUAUGUACGAGGAUUGAGGCAACUAAAUAUUGGUGAAUGUCCUAGAGUUACAUGGGUCGGAUAUCGGGCAGUAAAACGUUACUGCCGUAGAUGCAUCAUAGAACACACAAAUCCUGGUUUCUCAAGCUGAAUCUUUUAAAUUAUUUUAUGCCUAUGUUAUUUACGAUGUAUUUAUUAACAACACUUGUCUUAGUACAUAUCUAGAUACUAAUUUGUAAAAAGAUAGCUAUUUAGUAAUUCCAAAAAUAUAUAUAUACAUUAUAUGUAGCGAAUUACAUUGUAUGUAUGGUGAAUGUAUAUGAUGCAGGUAUGUACAGGGCGUCGAGAAAAAUUCAGGACACCUUGUAUAUACACGUACGCAUGUGUGUGUAGAUUUAAAUUUGCAAAAGCUGCUUUCCCUAUUUAUUGAUUUUAUAAUUUAACAAUGAAAAAAUAAAUCUUAGUUUCAUAUUUGAAUAAA